AUGAGAAACUCCUACGCCCACUUCUCCCCGCCCAACGGUGACGGCCCCGCGCUGACUCCGCCGCAGGAGCUCGCCGCAGCGGCGGCGUGCAGAGCGGAGCUGCAGAAUGCGCUGCAGCAAUGGGCGGCGGAAGCGAGGUGGAGAGAGGCCGAGGUGGACUACCAGGCUGCGGUGCCGCCGGAGCUGCCGAGCCCGCGCGCUCAGCUCACACGGGAAGCUCUCAGCCCCGCUAGCCCCGCUUAUAGCCGGCGCCAUACCGCCGAUAGCCCCAGCAGUACCACUAGUACCAGCGACAAUGGCGGAACCAGUACCGUUGACGAAACCCUGAACGCUCCUGCUGAAUCUGUCAGCCCUGGCAGUGCUACUGCUGCCGCUCCUGCUCCUGCUGCUGCCGCUGGUGUGGCUGUUGGUGCUGCUGCUGCCGCUCCUGCUCCUGCUGCUGCCGCUGGUGCGGCUGUUGGUGCUGCUGCUGCCGCUCCUGCUCCUGCUGCUGCCGCUGGUGCGGCUGUUGGUGCUGCUGCUGCCGCUCCUGCUCCUGCUGCUGCCGCUGGUGCGGCUGUUGGUGCUGCUGCUGCCGCUCCUGCUCCUGCUGCUGCCGCUGAAGACCCCGCCUUGCUGCUGUGCUCCGAGGGGUGGCAGCGGGCGGCGAUGGCGCGAGCAGCAACGAGCGCGUACGUGGCGAGGGCGGUGAAGCGGAACGCGACGUCGCUGGCGCGGAUAGAAGCCGGCGUGGAUGCUGUGUGCCGCGGGGUGCGCGAGAUAGAGGCCAGGCUGAGCGGCGAGUGCAGCGACAAGGGGAAUGCGGGCGGCGAGGGCAGGAGGACGGCAGCAGAAGAAGCAGCUGGAGAAGCAGAAGCAGGGGCAGGGGCAAUAGGAGAAGCAGGAUCAGGGGCAGGGGCAGGAGCAGGAGCGGAGGCAGGAGCAAGAGCAGGGCAAGCAGGAGCAGGAGGGGAGGGAGCAGCAGCAGCAGAGUGCGGCACGUGGCCUGAGGCGUGCUGGCCGGUGCCUCACAUGCCCUUCUCCGAUGUCACGGUGCUCCCCUUUUCCUUCCCCAUCCUCCUCCCUCUUUCCUCCCCUCCUCCUGCCCUCCUCCUCUAUUUCUGCCUUCAGUCCACGAGGACACACAAGCUUCCCCACGUUGCCCACUCUCACAAGCAGCUCUGUGAUCCUCCCUUCCCCUCCCCAUUCACCUUUUCCAUCCCACACGUCCUCCAUUCCAUCCUUCCCGAUCAGCAGCUCUCAGUUUUCCCUUUCGCCCCCCUUCCCCCCUUCCCCUCUUCUCCCCUCCCCUCUUCUCCCCUCCCACUCUCUCCAGCCACCAGCGGACGCAGGUUCCUCGUGUUCGCCUACUCCUUAGAGCAGCUCUCCAACACGCGCGCUCACCUCGUUGAGGCCGGCCGCUUCGCUCAAGCCACCAACCGCACGCUCGUGCUGCCCAAGGGCAGUCGCAGCCGCCUCUCACUCUCCUGUGACCUGCCCCUCUGCGCCUGCUUCGAUCUCUCUCGCCUCGACGCCCACUGGAUCUCGCCCGAAUUCUUCCUGCACCUCGCUAGAGCCGCUGUCAACCCCCCCUUUGCUAAAGCCAGCCCUUCCGUGGCCUUCGUGCACCUGCAGACCUCCCAAGUAUGGCGGCUGACCUUCACUCAAGGGCCUCUGGCGAACAUGCUGAGUGAGCUGAUGGUGUAUGGGAUGGGCCAUGCACCCUCAAGACGCAACACUGUUGAUGUCACCACACCUGUCAACAGCAGUGCACUUUUCCAGCAGUUGCAUAAGUGGUGGCACAGGGACGUGCUGGUGUGGGUGAAGACCACAUACGACCGAGUGGACUUCCACCUCCCCACAGACGACAUCUCCUUCAAGAUGCUUCCAUACAGCCAGACAUGGCACGCCAUGGCACAUCAAGCCAUGGCCCGCCUGCCCCCCCAGUACAUUGCGGUGCACUACCGCUCCGAGUUCAUCGCCUUCCACCUCGCGCACAAGCUAGUGUGGAGAGGCUUCAAGGUGGAGGCAGGUGUGCUGGAGGAGCUGAUGACGGGGUGCAUGGAGGCGGCCCGCGACCUCAUCAACGGCAUGAAGCGCCGCCACAACAUCUCCGCCGUCUUCAUCGCCGCCGACGUGCCGUUUGACGACAAGGCGGGCAGCGUGGUGCGGUCGGACUCGUGGAAAGACACCACGUGGAUGUUCCAAGGGCAAAAGAGGGUGCUGGAGGCUCCGCGGGAGAAGCUGCGGUGGCUGAGGGAGCAGGUGGCGGGCACAGUGAUGGUGGACGAGCUCAUGCCUGCCGUCAACCACUAUGACCCCGGCAUUGUUGCCAUAUUGGACAAGCUGCUGUGCGUGCAUGCCCACGUGUUCCUGGCUGGGUCCAUCACAUGUGGGGGAAGCCGCGGCUUUGAGCAGGACAUUACGCAACACAGGAGUCAAUUCAACAAGUCCCUCUCCCAUAGAUGGGUCUCACGGACAGACAAGCUUCUAUGGCAGUCAAACGGCAGCUCUGCAGGUGUAGGGUAA